GCAGGGCAUAGGGGGCAGGGGUAGGUGGGCCCCCCCCAGGUGCCUGCAGGAAGCAGGGCUGUGGGCACAGGCAAGGCCAAGAGCAAGGAGGAGCCACUUCCCGGCCCUAGAAGGCCUCCAGGGCAGGCGAGCGAGUGCCAGGGGCAGAGGUGGCCGGCUGAGCAGGCCUUAGGGGCAAGGUCACAGCCCUGAAAGCAGCCUCAGAUGCUGUCCAGAGGGGCAGGGCCCAGCUAGCGUCAGGAGGGGCAGGUGCGACCGGCCAUGUUUGGUGUCCAGGGCCUGCUCCGGGCCCUUCGCCGAUGUUCUUCGGCUCCAUGUCCCAAGCGCACGCCAGUGGCGAGGCUGAGGGUCCGGGAGGCGCUGGAGGCCCGGGAGCUUCCGGGUGGCAAUGUUAAAGUCCAGGGCUGGGUCCGUUCUGUGCGUUCCCAGAAAGAAGUUUUGUUUCUGCAUAUAAAUGACGGGAGUUCGCUGGAAAGCCUCCAGGUUGUUGCUGACCCAAGCUUGGAAUAUAGAGAUUUGACCUUCGGAAGUGCUGUGGAAGUGCAAGGGAAGCUGCUGAAAAGCCUUCAUCAAAAGCAGAAUGUGGAGCUAAAAGCUGAAAAUAUCCAUGUGGUGGGACCCUGUGAUACUCUGACGUUCCCUUUCAAACCAAGGGAGAAGCACCCUUUGGAAUACACCCGGCAGUUCCCUCACUUGCGGUGUAGGACCAACACACUGAGGUCCCUCCUGAGGGUACGAAGUGAAGCAACUGCUGCAAUCCACUCAUUUUUCCAGGAGAAUGGCUAUGUGCACAUCCAUACUCCUGUCAUUACAUCAAAUGACUGUGAAGGUGGUGGGGAGCUCUUCCAAAUUGAGACAGCAAAUAAAGUAAAGGAACCUGAAGGGGAGUCCCAUUUCUUCAAAGUUCCUGCUUUCCUGACGGUCUCUGGACAGCUCCAUCUGGAAGUGAUGGCUGGGGCAUUCACCCAGGUGUUCACCUUUGGGCCAACGUUUCGAGCUGAGAAUUCACAGAGUCGCAGGCACCUGGCAGAGUUUUACAUGGUUGAAGCUGAGGUGUCGUUCACAGAAAGCCUUCAGGACAUCAUGCAGGUUAUAGAGGAUCUUUUCAAGACCGCCACAAGCACAGUGCUUUCCAGAUGUCCUCACGAAGUCGAGUUUUUUUAUAAAUACAUAGCUCCUGCCCAAAAGGGCAGAUUGGAACGAAUGCUGAAGAACAAAUUUCUAACACUUUCCUACACUGAAGCAGUGGAAAUUUUAAAGCGAGCACCUCAGACUUUCACUUUCAAACCAGAGUGGGGCCAAGAUCUCCAAACCGAGCAUGAGAAGUACCUGGUGACGCACUGUGGUGAAGUUCCUGUGUUUGUGAUUGACUAUCCAUAUGAUCUCAAACCUUUCUACAUGCGAGAUAAUGAUGAUGGACCUCAGCACACAGUUGCAGCUGUUGAUCUUCUGGUACCAGGAGUAGGGGAGCUAUGUGGAGGCAGCCUGAGGGAAGAGCGACUGCAUUUCCUACAGUCACGCUUACAGAGGUUGGGACUCUCAGACACCUACCAAUGGUACCUAGAUCUCCGGAAGUUUGGAUCCAUCCCUCACGGAGGCUUCGGUAUGGGGUUUGAGCGCUACCUGCAGUGCCUCCUGGGUGUUAGCAAUAUCAAAGACGUCAUGCCUUUCCCGAGGUUUCCUCACUCCUGUCUGUUGUAGCCCAGUAGCGGCCACCAAAACUUUGGUGGUGUAUUUGUAUGUAUAUAUAAUGCGUGUGCAUAGAAUGCAGUAUGUUGUUGAGGAAAAAAACAUGGAGCGUUUUUUUUUUGUAUUAAAACCUCAAAAACUUGUGGCGAAUUGAAUGGAGGGGGUGUAUUUGGUAGCAGCCGUGUUGGUCUGAGACUCAAAGAAAUGCAAAACUCUAGAGCUCUUGGUUCAGAGAUGAGACCUUUUAUUAGACCAGCUAAGAAACUGCAAAAAAUAAAUGUUUUUCUGCAAGCUUUCGGGCACACCUGCCCUUUCUCAGGCUCAGGGCAAAUUGAAGAUGGUAAGAAGUCCCCAUAGGUAGAAAAUAAACUUCGUUUUUGCACAGAGGAUGCUGAAGGUGCACUUUCAUGAAUAAUUUAUGAAGCUGCACCUUCAUAAAUAAAUGAAGUUUGUUUGCUACGUAUGGGGACUUUUUGCCAUCUUUAAUUUUCCCUGAGCCUGAGGAAGGGCAAGUGUGCCUGAAAGCUUGCAGAACAACUUUUUUUUUCUUUUUUUUUGCGAUUUCUUAGUUGGUGUAAUAAAAGGUAUCAAAACUAAAGAGAGGGCAUUUAGGAGUAUUACUGCUCUUUGAGAAACUUUGGAUCCUACUCUGACUUCGUAUUAGUUAUACAGCAAUUUAAAUCUUCAAAGCAAAGCACUUCAGGUAAAUUAAUGAGCCCUACUUAAGUGAAGAGUUAAAUUCUUCAUGGGAGUAACACAGGUCACAACUGUAAUCAAUAUGCAUUGCUGGGUAAUGCUGUUUUUAUAAUGCAAGACGUUAAUAAGGGGGUGUGACCCACGCACAGGACUGAGAGACAGGAGGCUUUGAGUACUAAUUAAAUGUCUGCACAGUGCUUUGAAGAUGGAACGGCAGAGAAUUGCUAAGUAGUGUCCUUCACUGUGACGCAUAGGCUCUUAUGAAAUAGCCAUUGGUAAAGAUUCUUCCCUUAUUAAAAUCAAGUCUAGGCUUAUAUUGGAAAGUGUACAUUUGGAAAGUGUAUAUUAACUGUGGGAGGACAACACAGAUGAUUUUGAUUUUAUGAGCCAUCGAUAAAGAAGCAUGGUAGGUUUUUUUC